AACCGGAAGUGCCGUUGUUUCGCACUGCGGCUGUCUUCACGGAUGUUGCGUCACGAGUCCAGCCGAGGCGAGCGGAGCCAGGCCAAAGUACCCGGACCAGAUGGACCGCUUCCUAGCCUGAGACCCUGGACCGUGACCAGGACUAAAGACCCGAACUAGAUCCUGGAUCAGAGACCUCGAUCCAACCCGGAAACCAAGCCCGAGUCUCCGGACAUUUGACCGGUCCGCUCCUCCAAAAUGGCCGACGCCGAGGUCUCCUUGUCCCCGGCACUGCGGCCGCUCCACCUUAGCCCCUCCCACUCGGCCCCACCCCCUCCUCCUGCCUCCUCCUCCUCCCCCACUACCUUCUCCUGCCCAUCCUCCCCCUCCAGCGCCUCUUCUUCCUCCUCCUCUUCCUCCUCUUCCUCUUGUUCCGAGAGCUCCUCUGAUUGCCCCGUCCAUCACCAUCACCACCACCAUCACCUCCGCCCCCAGCUCCAGCUGCCCCCGCCCCCCCACAGCGAGCAGCCGUCCUCCCCCAGCGCGAGCCCCCGCAGCUCCAGCCCCAGCGGCAGCAUCGGCAGCACCGGCAGCCUCGGCAGCAGCGCCAGCGAGGGCAUCGGAAGCAGCGGCAUGUCGAGCGGCGCCGACGCCCGAGGCCCCAGCCCCCCGCUGGACAUCAUCUCGGAGGACGCCAUGGAGAUGGACCUGGGGGUCGACCAAGUGAUCGACCCAGAAGUGGCUCUGAAGGCUUGCCAGGAAGUUCUUCUCAAGGUCAAGCUGCAGAACAGGGAAGUGCCGGAACAGCAACCAGUUGACAACAAGCAACAACAACAACACUUCACAGAGUCAACGGAGGGCUCCACACUACAGUGGCAUGUCAGCCCGGACACCAGCUCCAUCAAAGAGGAAGAUGAGGAGGAGGAAGAGGGGAGAUCUGGGGUGGCCGGAGCAAAACAAGGCGGUACAUCCCAGCGAGACGCACCUCCUUCAGCCCGACCGGAGUCUUCUUCGCUGCUGUCGGCGGCAUCGGCAUCGAAGCAGUCGUGGCUGCUGCGCCUGUUCGAGUCCAAGCUGUUUGACGUUUCCAUGGCGAUCUCCUACCUGUACAAGUCAAAGGAGCCGGGGGUACAGGCCUACAUUGGGAACCGCCUCUUCAGCUUCCCCGACAGCGAGGUGGACUUCUACCUGCCGCAGCUGCUCAACAUGUACGUGCACAUGGACACCGAGGUGGGCGAUGCCAUCAGACCAUACCUGAUCUACCGCUGCACAGGAGGCAUCACCUUCUCCCUGCUGACGGCCUGGCUGUUGGGAGCUUACUCCUCCGACAUGCACAUCUCCACCCAGCGUCACUCCCGAGGCACCAAACUCCGAAAACUCAUCCUGUCCGACGAGCUCAAACCUGCGGCUCCUCCGCCGGACGCUCACAGAGCCGCUUCCGCCUCGCCGUCCCACCACCGCUGCCACCGGAGGCACAACAGCAGCAAUGCGGAGUCCGCCUCCUCCUUCUCUCCGGGCGACCCCACCCCCGACAGCCCCACCCCGGGGGAGGGGUUUGUUUCCCCGUCCAGGAGGACCCACCAGAGAUCCAAGUCGGACGCCACCACGGCCGGCAGCGGGCCUGGAUCCGGCCUCCGACGGACAGGAAGUAACCCAAAAGGGGAAGCUGUCCACGAGGAGCCGGAGCGCCUGCGUCCUCAGAGGGAGCUGGUGAAGUCGCUGCUCGGCAUCGGGAAGCGUUUGGCGACGCUGCCGACCAAAGAGCAGAAGACCCAUCGGCUGAUCUCAGAGCUGUCGAUGCUCAACCACAAGCUGCCGGCCCGAGUCUGGCUGCCCACCGCCGAGCGGCAGCACCACGUCUGCCGGAUCCCCAACACUCAGGCCGUGGUGCUCAACUCCAAAGACAAGGCUCCGUACCUCAUCUACGUGGAGGUGUUGGAGUGCGAGAGCUUCGAGACGUCUCCGGUUCCCGUCCGGAUCCCGGAGACGAGGAUCCGCUCGGCUCGGUCCGCGGAGAACCUGGACUGUGGCGUCGCUGCGGCUAACGCUAACUGUGGCGGCGUGAUGACAUCGGAGCACCGAGCGGGAAGUUUCUCCACCGUCCCGAACUACGACAACGACGACGAGGCGUGGGCCACCGACGACAUCGGACAGCUGCAGGUGGAGGUGGAAGCUAAGACCAGCAGUUCUGAUAACAUCAGUCAGUUUUCAGUCGACAGCAUCACAAGUCUGGAGAGCAAAGAGCCGAUUUUCAUUGCCGCUGGAGACAUCAGACGUCGCCUGUCGGAGAACCUCGCUCACACGCCGACGACGUUCAGGAGAGACCCCGAGGACCCGUCGGCCGUCGCCCUCAAGGAACCCUGGCAGGAGAAAGUCAGGAGGAUCAGAGAAGGUUCUCCGUACGGUCACCUGCUGAACUGGAGGCUGCUGUCUGUCAUCGUGAAGUGUGGAGACGACCUGAGACAAGAGCUGCUGGCCUAUCAGGUCCUCCGGCAGCUGCAGUCCAUCUGGCAGCAGGAGAGAGUUCCUCUGUGGAUCAAACCCUACAAGAUCCUGGUGAUGUCACUGGACAGCGGCAUGAUCGAGCCCGUGCUGAACGCCGUCUCCCUGCACCAGGUGCGUAAACAGAGCCAGCUGUCGCUGCUCGACUACUUCCUGCAGGAACACGGCAGCUUCACCACUGAAGCGUUUCUCACCGCGCAGAGAAACUUUGUCCAGAGCUGCGCCGGCUACAGUCUCAUCUGUUACCUGCUGCAGGUCAAAGACAGACAUAACGGGAACAUCCUGCUGGACUCUGAAGGUCACAUCAUCCACAUCGACUUCGGCUUCAUCCUCUCCAGCUCUCCUCGGAACCUCGGCUUCGAGACGUCGGCCUUCAAGCUCACUGCAGAGUUUGUUGAUGUGAUGGGCGGUCUGGACGGCGACAUGUUUAUCUACUACAAGAUGUUGAUGCUUCAGGGUCUCAUCGCCGCCAGGAAGCACAUGGAGAAGGUUCUGCAGAUAGUGGAGAUCAUGCAGCAAGGUUCCCACCUCCCCUGCUUCCACGGUUCGAGCACUAUCCGCGGACUGAAGGAGCGGUUCCACAUGAGCCUGACGGAGGAGCAGCUGCAGCUGCUGGUGGAGCAGCUGGUGGACGGGUCCAUGCGCUCCAUCACAACCAAACUCUACGACUCCUUCCAGUACGUCACCAACGGCAUCAUGUGACCCCCGGCAUCAUACCGCCGGCAUCAUGUGACCCCCGGCAUCAUACCGCCGGCAUCGUGUGACCCCCCGGCAUCGUGUGACCGCCGGCAUCAUGUGACCCCCGGCAUCGUGUGACCCCCGGCAUCAUACUGCCGGCAUCGUGUGACCGCCGGCAUCAUGUGACCCCCGGCAUCAUCAUGUGACCCCCGGAAUCAUCAUGUGACCCCCGGAAUCAUGUGACCCCCGGCAUCAUCAUGUGACCCCCGGCAUCAUACUGCCGGCAUCAUGUGACCCCCGGCAUCAUCAUGUGACCCUCGGAAUCAUGUGACCCCCGGCAUCAUACUGCCGGCAUCAUGUGACCCCCGGCAUCAUCAUGUGACCGCCGGUGUUUAAACUUUCACCGGCUGCUUUUCUUUGGAUUCAGCAAACAAGAUUUACUGGAUCAGAUUUCGUUUUGAACUCCACGAUCAGCUGAUUCGAUUUCAGUGAUCUCUGAUUUUGUUGUGUGACGUUCAUGGGCAGCUGGGAAAGUACAGCGUCUGGGACUUUUCCAGGUCAUGUUUUUUUUCCUGUGAAAAAGAAAAGUAAUACUUGGAAGCACUAAACAGGAAGCGUCGGCCUCCUGGUUCAUCCUGAGACCUGCCUACUGGACUUUAUUCUGAAGGACAGAGAAUAUAAUUAGAUUGUUGAUUACUUCAUUUCUUGAGUUAAAUUUUGUUUGUAUUUCAGCUUUUACUUUUCAAAAGAAUCAACACAAACGGCCAUAAAAACAACAAUAAACUGCUUCUCAGAUCUUAAUAACAUCUAUUCUGUUCUGAGAUGUUUACUGUUAGUGAAACUAAUCAAUAAUCAGUAGUUAUCUUAUUUUAUUUAAUAACAAUUGGGAGUUUAAAUCCUCAGAAAAGCAUCUUUACCACAAAACCUACAUAUUAAAUUUGACCUGCAGAUGAUCUCUAUGUAGUAUAUAGUAUUUACUAGAUUCUAUAUAGGGUUAACCCUGACCUUAUAUUCUAUAGUAUCGUAUAUACAACAUACUAGCUACUCAUCUCCAGCCUAAAUCAAGUAUUUUUUGUGUACUUGAAAUCACACUUUAGAUUAAAAACUCCUGUUCGAGGAUUUAAGAGCGUUCGUAAACUUUGGAUACAAGUUCAGUUACAAACGUGAGGGAAAAGAGCAAAAGCUAGUUAGCACAUUUAUUAAAACUAACAGCUCUUUUUAACUGAAAGUGUAAUGCUACCUACGAGCUAACCAGCAAGCUAACUUGUGCUAAUUGCAGUCUACAACAGCAAAGAUAAAAUAUAUUAUUCUAACAUCACUUGUUAGCCAUUAGCUUGACAAAAACUCUAAUGUAAAGUAUUUUCUUCUGUUUUAUAAGUUAGUAGAAGAGCUAACAAGCUUAUUAGUUAACAAGCUAACUAGUGACAAACCUGAACACAGUCACAAGCUAGUUAGCUAAAUACAAAUUACAGUUAUACUAUUUACAGUUUUAUCUUAUUUCAACCAUAAUUUCAGAUUUGACGUAUGUUUAUUUAUAUUUUCCGCGGACAAAAGAAACGACCGGUUAGCGAUCACGUAGCUGUUAGCACCCUGGAGGAAAUGAGCCUUUUAUAAAACUAAACCAUGUAAACUGUAACGAUUUCAUUAAAGUUUGUCACUGGGAUGAAGCCAGUAGUUUCUUCAUGAACGUCUGUGCAGUUGUUUUUGUUUUGAGCACAAAGAAGCACAGAACUGUUAUUGUGUUAGCAUGCUACCCGUUAGCCUGCUGACUAAAGUUUACCAGGAAGUCUUUCUGGUUAUUUUUGUUUGUGAAUAUGUAUAAAUGAGUUGGUUCUCUUAUCAAUGCAAUCGGAGGGACGAGUUUUACACUUUUAAUGUUUUCCUCCAGAUGAGAAUUGUGUUCAAUAAAAAGGGGCGGAGCCUGUUGACUGGAGGAGAA